AUGUCAGAGAGAUCCCAACGUAAGGAAGAAUCGACGACUGCCUAUUUUUAUGAAAAAGUAAAAUUGUGCUGCGACAUUAAUUUAGUCUUCGAAGAUGUGAAAGAACAAGUGUUGAUUGGGCUUUGGUCACGAGACCUUUGUUCAUCUCUAGCAUCAAAAAAACACAGUGAUAUAGACGACCUAGUCCACGAUUUAAUAAAUCUGGGAAGAAUCUCAAGUCAACGCACGGAAAGAAUUCGAAAUACUAAGGAAACCAACGUCACCAAGAAACAGUCGAGUUCCUCGACACCAGUGAAACCCUUAAAAGUGAAACCAAAACAAGGAUUAGAAAAUCGAAACCCUGAUCGCCGUCCCCUAUUAAAAAGUGACACGGGAGAAUUAAAGUGCUACAAUUGCUCGAAAUUUGGUCAUAUUUCUAGAGAUUGUCCAGAUCCGCGUCGAGAAUUGUAUUGUGUGAAGUGCAAAGGCAAAGGCCAUACCCAGAGACAUUGUGCGGUAAUUGACCCGAAUAGAAAACCCGAAGUGCAUUAUUUUAAUACCAAUCGAGAUUCAUCAAUCGCAAGGUUUUGA